UUCCCUCAGCCAGGAUGAGAUACACUUAUGGCAACCUUCCUUCCCCUCAAUUCUUCUCCAAAAGUUUUCAUGUCCUCUUUCAUUUCUGCAGUCUGAGUCCCCUCCAUUCGCCUUGACUCUCAAUUGUACUGCGUCAUUGGUUCCAGUCUAGAUUUCACAUUUAAUAACUUCCAACAUGGCUAGUUUCGUACAAAAAGGCCUCAAAAAUAUUCUUCAAAAGAACCCACGCGAUGUAAUUUUCUUAUCCGCAAUCCGAACACCAAUUACGCGGGCAAAGAAGGGCGGACUACGAGACGCAUACGACCAUGAGAUGCUAGCCGCUGUCCUUAAAGCAACACUGGCAAAGUUUCCAAACCUUGACCCCGCGAAAAUAGAUGACAUCUGCAUCGGCACUGUGCUUUCCGAACUCGGUGGUAGUAAAGCGGGGCGCAUGGCUGCAAAUCAUGUCGGCAUUCCUACGACGACGUCGUUCAGCACGACGAAUCGGGCGUGUGCGUCAGGGUUGUCUGCUGUAACGUACAUCGCGAACUCUAUUGCUGUGGGUCAGAUAGAGGUCGGGAUUGCUGGCGGCAUGGAAAGUAUGAGUCGGAACUACGGUUCGAGAGCUAUACCCACUCAACUCUGGAAAGUGCUGAAAGACUCGCCGGUCAAAGAUGCCAGAGAUUGUAUAAUGCCAAUGGGACUUACAUCCGAGAACGUCGCGGAGCGGUAUGGUAUCAGCCGCGCGGAUCAAGAUGCGUUCGCAGCAGAGUCGCAACGGCGUGCUGCAAAGGCUCAAGCAUCUGGGUUCUUCGAUGAAGAGAUCGUGCCGGUGACCACGAGGUGGAUUGCUGAUCCCGAGGUUCCAGAGAAGGAGGACGAAAUCACAGUGAUGAAAGAUGAUGGCAUUAGGUCGAACACGACAGCGGAGAAACUCUCGGCUAUGAAACCAGCUUUCAAACCCGAUGGUACGAGUACUGCAGGAAACAGCUCACAGGUCUCGGACGGUGCGGCUGCAGCGCUCAUGAUGCGUCGUAGCACCGCUGAACGUCUUGGUCUUUCGUCCUCAAUCAUUGGGAAAUGGGCUGGUACGCAGGUUGCUGGCUGUGCACCCGACGAAAUGGGGGUCGGUCCUGCACUCGCUAUACCCAAACUACUUGACUACACGGGUAUUACGACGUCUAAUGUGGGAAUUUGGGAAAUUAAUGAGGCGUUUGCCAGUCAGGCGUUGUAUUGUAUCCGGAAGUUGGGGUUGGAGGAUGCGAUGGUGAAUCCGAACGGAGGGGCGAUUGCGCUGGGACAUCCGCUAGGGGCGACGAGUGGGAGAAUGUUGAGCACGCUGCUGCAUGAGAUGGAGAGAAAGACGCAGACAUUGGGGGUGUUGAGCAAAUGUAUUGGGACGGGGAUGGGGAUGGCGAGUUUGAUUGUUAGGGAGUAGAUUGGCGGAGGUUUGCUUGAUUGUGAAGAGCCUGUGCCUUUUCUAGCUUCCCACCAGAACGGUUCUCCAAAGCAGUCUCUUUCGGGGAAAUCUCGGGGCUGACACUGAAAUACUCACGGGAAUCAGGGCACUCCUGGGAGCAGGAGGUAUGUUGUUCAGACUUUUGAGCGUAUUAGCAGGGGUAAGACUUAGUGUAUCAGGAGAUAUGUGUAUCACGUCUAGCUGCUGUUGGCCGCGUACAAACGUGCCGGGAUACUUCUUC